AUUGCACGUCCGGCUUUAUAACUCCAAUCUUUUGACAAAUUCCUAAUGUUCCGUGGCAUUAAAAUCCAUACCUAAUUUUUGCGUUUCACUUUCAGCAUACCAUCCUUCCUUGAACUCCAAGUGCCUCGUCGCCCGCAAUACAAACCGAUGGCAUUUGCGCCCUUGCACUGCUCAGUCAAUCCGGAAAAUGCAUAAUCCUUCCUAGCGGCCUGCAUAGUGGACAUCCUGUGCUGGAGUUCUGCAGGGGACAAGCGGCUAUUGCCGUCCAGGCGCCUUGUCCAGCCGGCGCCAGUGUUGCCAGCGUCUGCAUCAUCAUGGAGACCUGCGAAGAGGUAGCAGACACUUUUAGCGACGGCGAGUGCUACACGGAUAUAUUCUCCUCGCGAAUGAGCUCGUUGAGCCUCUCCUUCACAUCGUCAAGCUUCGAUCCGGCGUUUACAUUUGACACGUCGUCUCGGGCUUCGUCGUUACGGCAGCACUGCGAGAGCACCUCUGGCAGUCCCGCCAUCGACCUGCGCCCGCCACCGCCUCCACCGCCGCUCCUGGCAGUGGUAUCCGCAACCCCAUGUGCUGCCGUCAGGCGCCAUCUCUCAGUGGUACGGCGGUCGAGCCUCCCCACCCCUCCCGCGGACUCGGGCCCCCAGCAGCACCACAACUCGCGGCCCGGAUCUGCCACCAGCUCCUCCUCUGGCCUGGGCACCACUCUGGGGCCGGAGACCAGCACACCCGGAGUGCCUAGCUGCCUGGCAAAGUCAGGUUCCUUUUCUGAAGGUACCGCUGCUGCUGCUGCUGGCGGUGGCGGCAGUGGUUCUGGGUGCGGCGCUGCGGCGGGGUGCGGGGCUGCGGCGGCAGCAGCCGCUACCGGCUGCCCGGCGUUAGCGGGCUUGAAACGGAGGACCUACACUGAUCCCGGGUGCACCGGGACGUCAUGGCUCCAGCAGCAGCAACAGCAACAACAGCAACAACCAUUGCCACCACAGCAACACGAGCAGCAGCAGCUAGCAGGGCAGGAAGGGGAGCCGUCUGGCGAUUGCAAGAUGGGCGAUUCACCUGGGGUGGCAUCGCAUGCGUUACUGGCACCCUCAGAGCCGCCGUCGCCUGCAUCCUCAUUUGCUUCCUUUGCCGCAGCACUAGCGGCGCAUUACUUUGCGGACUACGGCAGCGUACCGGACGUGCCUGCCCACUUGGAGGAGAUGCGCCUCCGCGGCAGCAAGCGACAGCGCGUGGUGUCGCUAGAGCCCGCGCUGGCGGAGUCCUGAAGGGGAAUCGAGCCGUGCAGCGGGUACCUCAUAAAGCCUGUGGCCUGAGGCUUGACGUCUCACCACUUUUUGUUGCUUUUCUAGUUUGACAGCUGUUUUAUUAAGACUGUGUUGACUUUGGGCUGCUGGGGCCGGCGCCGUGUGAAGCAUGUCACAUCGCUGUGCUCCCAGGCACUGCGAAGACAGAGGACUUGCGUGCAGCAAGCGUUUGGCUUGGGGGGAGGGUUGAAGCACUGGAGGGACGGGCAACCCAGGUGCCAGCGGCACACACAACGCUGGAUUGUGGGGCCGGCCGGGGUGCCUCAGGGAGCCCCACCGUUGUACAUAGGUGCAUGGAGCCAACACAGAACUGCCCAGAUAAUAAAUGCGUUACGUUGCGAGAGGGUUCGGCUUGCAUAAUGAGAACUGAGGAGAGAGCUGCAGCUCACUGGCGUUGGUAGGACGUUGCCUAACGCAUCGUAUGUUGUGGUUUUUGGGCGGAGCCCCCGCCGCGAAGCGGCUUCGGGGGGGCUUCGCCCCCCAGGAUUGCCCCUGUCCGUGUGUCCGUGUGUCCGUGUGUCCGUAACGGCAAAACAUACAAUCUAGACAAAACUAUUUAUUGCACCUAAUAGAUAUUUGUUAUCUGUAUUCAGUAAAAAUAACUGGA